UUGUGGGACGUGGGUUGAUGGUGAAGUCAAGAUGGCUGCGAACCCCAGGCUGCGGAGAGAGCCUGCUGUAGGAAGGCCGUCAAUGAAGUUUUGAAUAGAAAAUCCGUCUUCGCUGCUCGUUUAGACUCAAACCAGCGUGCUGUUGAAGUUGUUACCGACCUGCGGAGGACCUGAUACUUUCACAGACAGCAACAGGAUAACAAACAACUGAGGAUAAAGUCUCGUAUGAAUUCCGACGAGAAGGAGGACUGUGAGUGUGCGCCACCACAGGCCGAGACGAGCCCCGCAGGAGGACCUUAUAGAGAAUACGAGGAGCCUGAAAUAGAAAACCCAGAAGCAAGCCGAAUGAAGCGAGCAGCUGCCAAACAUCUAAUAGAGCGCUAUUACCACCAGUUAACGGAGGGCUGUGGGAAUGAGUCAUGCUCCAACUCAUGGUGUGCCUCGUCACUCGGCUUCAACCGCAUGGAUAACAACGCAGCCGCGGUCAAAGCCCUGGAACUCUACAAGGUCAACGCUAAGCUAUGCGACCCACACCCCUCGAAGAAAGGCACUGCCUCGGCCUACCUGGAGAGCAGCGCUCACAGCAACUCGGCCUGCAGCAACAGGAAGUUGAACCAUAAAGAUGUCCACUCUGUACGGGAUAAUUUCAAAGAUGUAAAUUACCUGACAGAGGAGAAAGUGUAUGAGAUCCUGGACAUCUGUGGAGAGAAGGAAGACUACUCGCCUCUGAUCAGGGUAAUCGGCAGGGUGUUCUCCAGUGCUGACGGCCUGGUGCAGAGCUUCAGGAGGUCCAAACCUCACACUAAAGAGGAGCUCAAGUCCCUCCAAGGUAAGGACGAGGACAAGGAUGAAGACGAGAAGGAAGCAGCCGCCUGUUCUGCUACAGCUAUGGAGGAGGACUCCCCCUCCGCAUCCUCGUCAUCAUCGAGGCUGGGAGAGGGCUCCUCAGGGGAAAACGAUGUCCAGAAGCUGGCCCCCGAUGAGGUGUCGGUGGACAUCGAAGCCGUGCGGCGGGUCUACGAGCGCUUGCUGUCCAAUGAGAAGAUAGAAGCAGCCUUCCUGAAUGCACUGGUCUACCUCUCGCCCAACGUAGAGUGCGAUCUGACGUACCACAACGUGUAUUCACGAGACCCAAACUACCUGAAUCUGUUUGUUAUCGUGAUGGAAAACAGCAACCUCCACAGUCCAGAGUACCUGGAGAUCGCCCUCCCACAGUUCUGCAAGGCCAUGAGCAAACUCCCGCUGGCAGCUCAGGCCAAGCUGGCGCGCUUAUGGGCGCACUACAGCGCGGAGCAGAUCCGGCGCAUGGUAGAGACCUUCCAGCAGCUCAUCACCUACAAGGUGAUCAGUAACGAGUUCAACAGCCGCAACCUGGUCAACGAUGAUGACGCAGUGGUGGCGGCCACCAAGUGCUUGAAGAUCGUCUACUAUGCAAACGUGCUGGGCGGCGACCUCGACAUGGAGCACAACGAGGAAGAGGACGAGGAGCCCAUCCCGGAGUCCAGCGAGCUCACCCUGCAGGAGCUGCUGGGCGAGGAGCGGCGAAACAAGAAGGGCCCUCGGGUGGACCCGCUGGAGACGGAGCUGGGGAUCCGCACCAACGAUUGCCGACGGCCACUCAUUGCCUUUGAGGAGUUUGUCAAUGAGCCUCUGAACGAGGUGCUGGAGAUGGACAAGGACUACACUUUCUUUAAGGUUGAGACUGAAAACAAGUUCUCCUUCAUGACCUGCCCCUUCAUCCUCAACGCCGUCACCAAGAACCUGGGCCUGUACUACGACAACCGCAUCCGCAUGUACAGCGAGCGCCGCAUUACUGUGCUCUACAGUUUGGUCCAGGGUCAGCAGCUCAAUCCCUACCUGAGGCUGAAAGUGCGGCGAGACCACAUCAUCGAUGAUGCUCUGGUCAGGCUGGAGAUGAUCGCGAUGGAGAAUCCUGCAGACUUGAAGAAGCAGCUGUACGUGGAGUUUGAAGGAGAGCAAGGUGUAGAUGAAGGAGGCGUAUCCAAAGAGUUCUUCCAGCUGGUAGUGGAGGAGAUUUUCAACCCAGAUAUUGGCAUGUUCACAUAUGACGAGGGCACCAAACUGUUUUGGUUUAACCCGUCAUCGUUUGAGAACGAGGGCCAGUACACUCUGAUCGGCAUCGUCCUGGGCCUGGCCAUUUACAACAACUGUAUCCUGGACGUCCACUUCCCCAUGGUGGUGUACAGGAAGCUGAUGGGCAAGAAAGGAACCUUCAGGGAUUUGGCUGAUGCCAACCCGGUUCUACACCAGAGUCUGAAGGAGCUGCUGGAGUACGAGGGCAGCGUGGAGGAGGACAUGAUGAUCACUUUCCAGAUUUCACAGACGGACCUGUUUGGGAACCCCCUCAUGUAUGAUUUAAGGGAAAAUGGGGACAAGAUUCCAGUCACAAAUGAAAACAGAAAGGAGUUUGUGGCCCAGUACGCAGAGUACAUGCUGAACAAGAGUGUGGAGAAGCAGUUCAAAGCCUUCAGGAGAGGCUUCCACAUGGUCACCAACGAGUCCCCGCUCAAAUACCUGUUCAGACCAGAGGAAAUCGAGCUCCUGAUCUGCGGAAGCAGGAACCUGGACUUCCUAGCACUUGAAGAAACAACAGAAUACGACGGCGGUUACAACAAAGAUUCUCGAAUCAUCAAGGAGUUUUGGGAGACAUUGCACUCGUUUGGUGAGGAGCAGAAGCGCCUCUUCCUGCAGUUCACCACCGGCACUGACAGAGCACCUGUGGGUGGGCUGGGCAAGCUGAAGAUGAUCAUUGCCAAGAACGGCCCUGACACUGACAGGUUACCGACGUCUCACACUUGCUUUAACGUGCUGCUGCUGCCCGAGUACAGCAGCAAGGAGAAGCUGAGGGAGAGACUGCUGAAAGCCAUCACCUAUGCCAAAGGGUUUGGCAUGCUCUGAGCCCCUGCUCCGAACACACAGCAAAACGGACUCCUUCUCAGAAAGCCCAUCAAACCCUGCCCUUCCUUUGUCAGACACAAUCUACAGGUGACAAAAGACAGAGUAUGUUUUAAAGGAAAAGCAAAGUCAAUAAUGAAAGCGGAGAGAUGGUUCCAAUAGAGCGCUCCAGUAGUUCUUUACUGUGCCUGCAUCAUCCCACAUCAGUCAGUGUAAGCACAGAGACCUCCUGAUCAAAGUACCCACCCCCACAUCCACAUUACGUGAAUGUGCAGCAGCCUCCCCAUCUUUGUUUUCUAUGUACAGAGAGGAUCAUUUUCCUUAUUAUUUAUUUUAAGGUUAAAAUGGGUUAUUUUUCAUGCCUGCCUGUUGUGAUAGCUUCCCUACUCGGGGAACGGGGGAGGGUUAUUAUUAAACAAUGUAAAUUUGGGACGAUGCAUUAACAAGUCAAUAUAAAACCCAUUUAUUGAACAAAGUUGUGUUAAAGUAGACUUGAACUCUGGUUCACAGACCGCUGACAGAGAAAAUCUAGUUUUAGAGUAGCCUUUACUACAAAAUAUUAUAUUCCCCACAGAAGAAAAACCAUUCCACUCUCAGCAAUCGGUCAUUGUUGUUUCUACCAAGUCCAUUUUUGAUCAAGGUAAGCAUUUAGAAAUGUCACAUGGUCCUAAAUGGCACACUAUAAAAUAGCUGUUUUUGUUUUGGGCCUCUUUUCCUUAUUUCGGGGGUGGGGGUGGGGGGCACCGCAGGUUAGACUAAAAUCUUGUCAGAGCUGUGUAAGUGCACUUAGACAUUUUCAGAAUGUUUGUUUUUUGGCCACAGGUUGCCAUGAUUGUUUGAAGCAUUUUAUUUCCAUGUCUUCCUGUGUUGACGAUUCUAAAUAAAAACAGUAUUUAUGUA